AUGUCCGACUACGGCGGUGGUGACGAUGACCGGGACGAGCCUCGCGGUGAUGAGCCCAUGUAUGAGGACGAGGAUCCCGUGGAGGAGUUCGACGACGAGGUUUUGGAGGAGAACGAGGACGAUUUUGGAAGACGAGGCGCCGAGGAGGAGGAGAACGUCGUCAUCUCAGGCGACCCUUCGGCUUCAGCGAACCGAACAAAGGCCAACGACAAAUCCCAUAAAGACAAGAAGAUCCCCAAUGAGGAAAGACAAACCACGCCGUACAUGACUAAGUACGAGAGGGCACGGAUUUUGGGCACGAGGGCAUUGCAAAUCAGCAUGAAUGCGCCGGUUCUCGUCGAUCUGGAGGGCGAGACGGAUCCGCUGCAGAUUGCUAUCAAGGAGCUCAGGGAGAAGAAGAUCCCUCUGAUCGUCCGCCGCUACAUGCCGGAUGGGUACUACGAGGACUGGACCUGCGAGGAGCUGCUGCAGUGA